CAAUCGCAAUCACAGCGCGCGUCUGCGUCGUCGACACCACGGCCUACAGUAGCACAGACGCCACGACCUGCAGCAUCGCGUGGUGGGACACCGAGACCUUCGUCGUCGUUACCGACACCUGCACCGUCCGCUACCGGUUCUUCUCAUCACGCACAACAAUCGCACGCACAACCACAACCACAACCGCAAGCGGUCGCGCCAUCUCGACAAGCAUCACAAUCACAAUCGCAACCACAGCGGACACGGACGCCGUCGACGGCUGUACAGCAACAAGGACAGAGGGGCGUCAAACGCGAGCGGGAGCGGGAGGACGGUGUCACUGUCAAUGGAAAUGGAAAUACGAACGGAAAUGGGAGGACCGUCGUGGGUGCGGGUGGUGCUGGUGGUGCUGGUGGAGCAGGAGGGACAGGGGUGGUUCAGGCGAAAGCGGGGACUGGAGGGGUGAGGCCGAGGCCGGUUAAGAAGCAGAGGAUGGAGCAAUCGAGAGACGUGCAUACGACGCAUAACGGGCAUAAUACGCACGGUACACAUCCGGUGGUGCAGCAGCAGCCGACGCCACAGGGGGUUUGAGUAUGAGCAGCGAUUGUAGAUUUUUCGCAUUACACACACCACACACACCCCGCCUCGUCUCGCUCUCGCGCCAAUCCUCAACUUUUCACGCGAUCGGAUUGUCACCGUCACCUCGCUCGUCUUCCCCGCCACACUUCCCGAGACCAUACAACGCCAACGCACGCCAUCUUUCGCUGUGAUUCUCUCCUCUUCCAGCAUUCCACUCUCUCCUCACUUUCUCGCGUCCAUUAUGUUCCCUCGCUUUCCUGUCAUCAACCCGGAGUCGACGGAUUUGCUAUAUUCGCCGGAACCGUCGACGUCGACGUCGGCGCCGGCGAUCAGUCAUCGCUAAACAUCCCCUGCGAAUCAGUCGUGCGAUAUGAUGAAUGUUUCGCGUCUGCGUCUGCCCGGGCCCCCAGAUCGCAUGAGGGGCUAUUGAUGGAUUAAUGGCGGCUUGUGUCGGCGUUUGGGUGUGGGUACAUAACGACGGCUGGAGGAUACGGCGUGCCGCGGGCAUGGCAUGGCAUAACACGAUGACCGAAAUACUUCCCAUUGACACCAUCGAGCUCUUUUACAAUACAUGUAACCUCAGUGCGAAGCUCAAUCUACUGUCCUGUUCACUGUUCCACUGCAUGAAUUCACUGCAGGCAGCGUUGCGCUCGGUCUUUCGUUCAUCCCCGCCCUGUCCGCUGCCCGUACUUCGUACUUCGUGCCUGCCUGCCUGCCUCCCCCCCCCCCGUCGGCUCCUCCGUUCAUAUCACUGCCACCUUCCUCCUAUCCGGAUAUUCUCGUGAUUCCAUGUGUUCUGUUCUUUUUUUUGCAAUCGUCACAUCUUUACUUACUUACUUACUUACAUACGAACACUACUCAUCUCUGUAUUGCUGCUCGCAUCACAUCACAACACAUCACACCAUGCCUGUUUACUUUCUUUCGCACCGUAUCCACGAAUUUUUUGGUUUUUUUUUUGUCUGCACAUCUGCUAUCAUCUAUGGCUACUCACAUACUGCCGACUGGGCUGAGCUAGUCACUCUACCCACCUCUAUUCCCACUGGGACUGUCCAUCCCGGGCCCUUAAGCUUGACCUUUCCUCCGUUUCCUCCGUUUGGGGGUCUCACAUUACUGUUUCCAUUUCAAGCUUCGCGCCACACACUGCUUCCAUCGCCUUCGCCUUCCCCUCUACCUUCCCCGCUACCCCCACCUCCACCUUCAAAUCUU